CUCUUGUUCUUAACGGGGACGCGGGGAGGAAAUGGAAAGGUCCCGGGCCGGCUACGAGGCGGGGGUUGGGGGAUCCCCCGAGGUGGUCCUUGCCGCGGUGUACGAAUGUACUAGCCCCUUUCUUCUUGGGUGGAGAGGUGGAGGCCAGGUAGGCAGGGUGACUUUCAGCCAGUGGAUGGUUAAAACAAACAGACUAGGAAUUCCUCGGGCCCUCCCCCCCACGCCCUGCCCUGCAACGCAGCAAACAUUCCCAGAAACUUUUAAGAAGCAGGCGAGAAAUCUCGGACAUUUGUUGUGUUUGAUCUGUGUUCCGGGUUAAGGGAAAACAUGAGUUAGGGAGUCGUGUUCCUUCCCAUCUAUCGCAGUUUUGGUUGUGAAUCUGCCUGGAAGAUUUUAGUAUUUUAUGUUGGUCGUUAGUCGUGGUAUGCCAAACAGGAGUUUCUGGAAUAUCUAAUCACAUUAAAAAUUUAUCCCUUUGAAUGGGGUAAGCAAGGCAGACAGAUAUCUGGAUAUUUUUUUUUCAAAUAUGUCUUGAAAAAACUUUGGGUAUUUUUGUAUUUUACAGACCUAUUUAUGAGACCAGCUACCACUGAUGAAGAAUGUUGGAGUAGUUGCUGAAAUUGACCCUUAUUGACCUGAGACAAUUAUUUGUUCUACGUUUUCUGUUUUGUUUUUUUUUUGUUUUUUUUUUGUUUUUUUGUUUUGUUUUGAUCCCACUGCUUUGAGCUUUACUGUAACGGCUGAAAAACUUGGAAAAUAAAAUAACAUGAUGUGGUCUUGAACCUUUUUCUUUUUUUGAGGAUAUAUUAAAGUGCCAGAGUGAAAAGCCGGAAUGGCAGCCAGAGAGAGGCUCUUUGAACUUUGGAUGCUUUAUUGUACAAAGAAAGAUCCAGAUUACCUGAGACUGUGGUUGGACAAUUUUGUUUUAAGUUAUGAACAGUUUUUAGAUGUUGACUUUGAAAAGCUGCCUACAAGGGUAGAUGAUAUGCCUCCAGGAAUAUCUCUGCUUCCUGAUAAUAUUCUGCAGGUUCUGAGGAUCCAGCUGCUACAUUGUGUUCAGAAAACAGCAGAUGGAUUAGAGGAACAGCAGCAAGCAUUGUCAAUUCUGCUUGUCAAAUUCUUCAUUAUUCUUUGCAGGAAUUUAUCAAAUGUAGAAGAAAUUGGGACUUGCUCUUAUAUUAAUCAUGUCAUUACCAUGACAACACUGUAUAUUCAGCAAUUAAAAAGCAAAAAAAAGGAGAAGGAAAUGGCUGAUCAGACGUCUAUUGAAGAAUUUGUGAUUCAUGCAUUGGCCUUCUGUGAAAGCUUGUAUGAUCCUUAUAGAAAUUGGAGACAUAGAAUUUCAGGACGAAUCCUUAGUUCUGUGGAAAAGAGCAGACAGAAAUACAAACCGGCUUCUCUCACAGUGGAGUUCGUUCCUUUCUUUUAUCAAUGUUUUCAGGAAAGUGAACAUCUCAAGGAAAGUCUUAAGUGUUGCUUAUUGCAUCUCUUUGGAGCCAUUGUAGCCGGUGGGCAGAAGAAUGCUUUGCAAGCUAUUUCUCCAGCGACCAUGGAAGUUCUUAUGCGAGUUUUGUCUGAUUGUGAUUCAUGGGAAGAAGGAGAUCCUGAGGAAGUGGGUAGAAAGAGAGAGCUGACUCUGAAAUGCCUCACACAAGUGGUGCAUAUCCUUCUUACUAGCAGCUCUGACCAGCGUCAGGUGGAAACCAGUACCAUUUUGGAGAACUAUUUUAAGUUGCUCAAUUCUGAUCACUCAGCUUUACCUAAGCAGGGGAGGUCCAGGCGGUGGGAAAGCCAGUUCAUAGCUCUGCAGAUUAAGAUGCUCAACACCAUCACAGCCAUGUUAGAUUGCGCAGACAGGCCUGUCCUUCAGGCCGUUUUUCUCAACAGCAAUUGCUUUGAACAUCUCAUACGACUUCUACAGAACUGCAAGCUGUUUUUAAAUGUACACAGUAAGGUGACAGACAAGAAUGAGAAAGACCUUGCCAACCAGUUACUGACAGAGAUGAGUGAGGACCAGGUAUUCCAGGGCCAGUUGGAUUGCUUGGCUGUGUCAACCAUUCAGGCUUUGACAGCAGUGAUGAAGAAUUCUCCAGCUGCUAAGGAAGUAUUUAAAGAAAGAAUUGGCUAUAUGCACAUGUUCGAGGUAUUAAAAUCUUUGGGCCAGCCACCACAAGAACUGCUUAAAGAACUUAUGAACAUGGCUGUAGAGGGUGAUCAUACUUCAGUUGGCAUUUUGGGCAUUAGUAAUGUCCAUCCUCUCUUGGUUCUUAUCCAGUGGCUUCCUGAGCUAGAAUCCCAUGACCUACAAAUCUUCAUCUCUGAUUGGCUGAAAAAAAUUUGUUGCAUUAAUAAACAAAGCAGGACUACUUGUGUGAAUGCAAACAUGGGGAUAAAAAUCAUUGAAACCCUUGAAUCCCACUCUUCUCUGCAUCGAACUUGUGCUGAGAACUUGAUUGCAAUCCACGGUUCUUUGGGGAGUCAGUCUGUGAGCUCUGAAGAACUCCGUCGGCUUCUGCGAUUGCUCAGGGUAGACGAAUCAGAGUGUAUUCACCCAUAUACCAUUCCUGUGACUCGUGCAAUCCUGAUAAUGGCACGGAAACUCAGUUUUGAGAGUGCACUGCAGUAUUUUAAUUUGUCACAUAGUAUGGCAGGAAUUUCUGUACCUCCCAUUCAGAAAUGGCCUGGGUCUGCAUUUUCUUUCACUGCUUGGUUUUGCUUAGAUCAGGAUCCGUUAUCCCUUGGGAAUGCUAACAAAGGAGGAAAAAGAAAACAAUUAUAUAGCUUUUUUACAGGAAGUGGAAUGGGUUUUGAAGCCUUUAUUACCCACUCAGGUAUGUUGGUUGUGGCAGUGUGCACCAAAAGAGAGUACGCAACAGUCAUGCUUCCUGACCACAGUUUCUGUGAUUCUCUCUGGCACAACAUAACCAUCGUUCACGUGCCUGGAAAAAGACCCUUUGGCCAGAGUCUUGUCUAUAUCUAUGACAAUGGACAACAAAAGGUUUCUGCCCCUCUCAGAUUUCCUGCCAUGAAUGAGCCAUUUACUUCCUGUUGUAUUGGUUCAGCUGGGCAAAGAACCACUACUCCUCCACCAUCUCAAAUCCCAGAUCCACCAUUUUCUACUCCCAUUACCCCUCACCGGACAUCAUUUGGUGGAAUAUUGUCAUCAGCCUCCUGGGGAGGAACAGUUGAAAAAUCGAAAUUGUUUACCAAAUUAAUUUCAGCUGGAACCCAAGAUAGUGAAUGGGGUUGUCCCACAUCUCUGGAGGGCCAGCUGGGAUCUGUGGGUAUAUUCCACGAAGCUCUGCAGCCUCCUCAGGUCAAGGCUUUGUACUUAGCAGGUCCAAACUGCUUAAGCCCGUGGAAGUGUCAGGACUGUGAUAUGGCCGGUUUGCCAAGUAACCUCCUCCUCCACUACACAGGAAAGGCUUGCAAAAAUUCAAUUUGCCUUGACUUGUCUAGUAACUGUUUGCAUGGAAGAUUAACAGGAAACAAAGUAGUGAAUUGGGACAUUAAGGACAUCAUCAAUUGCAUAGGUGGAUUAAAUGUACUGUUUCCUUUAUUGGAACAAAUAAGCCAUGUUAGUGAAGGACAGGCUUGUGAAGCAGUGAGUGAAAACACGGUUCCUGAAUUAAUAACACCUAUUGAGCAAGAAGGGAUGGGAGUGGCCUCUACAAAGGCAUCAGAGUCAAGGCUGGAGAAAAACCUAAUUGCAACAUUCAUUUUGAUUGUGAAACACUUCAUCCAGAGACAUCCCAUCAACCAGGACAAUCUUAUUCAGUCCCAUGGGGUUGCAACUCUUGGUGCUUUACUUCAGAAGGUGCCAGGUACUCUAAUGGAUGUUAAUGUAUUGAUGGCAAUUCAAUUACUAAUUGAACAGGUAUCGUUAGAAAAAAACACACUGUUGCUUCAGCAAAUGUAUCAGUGCUUACUCUUUGACUUCCGUAUUUGGAACCGUGGAGAUUUUCCUUUUCGGAUUGGUCAUAUACAGUAUCUUUCGACGAUCAUUAAAGACAGCAGGCGAGUUUUCAGGAAGAAGUAUGGUGUGCAGUUUCUCCUGGAUACACUUAGGAUUUAUUAUGGGCAUAGUUCUAUAUGUAAUGAGCUAUCUCCAGAUGAUAUUCGAACAAUAAGGACUUCAUUGUAUGGGCUAAUUAAGUACUUUCUUUGUAAAGGUGGAAGCCAUGAAGAAAUUCAAAGUAUCAUAGGUUAUAUAGCCGCUACUAAUGAAGAAGAACAGCUCUUUGGAAUUUUGGAUAUACUCUUCAGUCUUCUACGAACCAGCCCAACUAGAGGUCAGCUUUUCUUACUGAUGUUUGAACCAGGAAAUGCUGACAUACUUUAUGCCUUGCUGUUAAAUCAGAAGUACUCUGACAAACUAAGAGAAAUCAUUUUUAAGGUCAUGGAACAGAUGUUAAAAUGCACAAAUGUUUAUGAACGUAGUAAACAACGUAUCCGUCUUAGAGAAGUUGGCUAUUCAGGAAUUGGACUCCUCCUUAAUGAAGUACCAGUUAACACAUCUCUUAUUAAAAACUUUGUUAACCAAAUCAUUAAUACAGAUCCCGUUAUUAAUUUCAAAGAUCUGUUAUCUAUAGUAUAUAUCUGUCACAGAGCACAUGUGAAUGUCAGAGUGACCCUCUGUAGAAAGAUAUUACAGAUUUUGCAGUCCCAACCAGAUGCGGCAUACCAGAUAUCACAGCAAGUAGGUUGGCAAGACACCUUUGUUAGACUUUUCUUAAAAGCAAAUUUUGAAAAUAUAAAUUCUCUUAACAAACAUGGGAAGACAAUUUCAGUGAAAGAAAAUAAAAAUAUGUCAACUGAAGAUGUUAAGAGGACCUUUGAAAAACUUGAUGAUGAAAAAAUGACAUUAGCUGACAUAUCUUCAGACCAUUGGAGUUUGGAAGAUAGUCAGUCCUUGAAUUCAAACACACCGUUAUUUCAAGAAGAUAGCUCUGAAGGAGAAUUAUCUUUCAGGUCAGAGAAUCAAGAAGAAUUCUGGCAUAGUAACACUUCGCAUCUGAGCUUGGAUCUCAGUGGAAUUGAUGCAAGUGAACUGAGCGAUAGUGGAAGUCAGAUGCCAGACAGCUCACCUAGCACCCCAUCUCCAGUUGAGUCUACUAAGUCAUUUUCUGUGCAGUCUGACAAAGACAGAACCAUCACAAAUGAAAUGGGCUUUAGUGAUGACUUCUCUUUUCUUGAAAGCCAAGAGAGAUGUGAAGAAGAACUUUUUCAGCUGCUUACAAAUAUUUUGAAUUAUGUCCUGUGUAAAGGACUAGAAAAGUCUGAUGAAGACACUUGGAUUGAAAGAGGACAGGUCUUUUCAGCGCUAACUAAACCAGGAAUAUCAAGUGAGCUGAUUCGACCCUCAGAUGAAGUAAAACUAACUUUGCUACAGAAGAUGUUAGAAUGGGCAGUCACAGAAAACAGAGAUGCAAAGAGUAGUCCUGUAACUGCUGAAAAUGCCUUCCGCCUCAUGUUGAUCAUACAGGACUUUCUGCAGUCAGAAGGAUUGGUUAAUUCAAACAUGUGGACUGAGAAGCUUUUAGAAGAUACCACACAGCUCCUUGACUGUCUGUCAGUAUGGUAUUCUGAGAAUCCGGUAUGGGUAAAACUCUCUCAGAUUCAGAUCCAGUUGCUUCUAGAAUUCAUUGGAAGAGGCAGUUUGCAGGUUUGUGCAAUGGCAUCAGCUAAGCUCAAUGCUCUUCUUCAGACCAAAGUGAUUGCAAAUCAAGAUGAGGCAUGCUAUAUUUUAGGGAAACUAGAACAUAUUCUAAGUCGGUCAAUCAAGGAGCAGACAGAAAUCUACUCAUUUCUGAUUCCUCUUCUCCGGACUCUGGUUUCUAAAAUUUAUGAACUUCUUUUCAUGAACCUGCACCUGCCUUCCUUGCCUUUCACUAAUGGCAGCACUUCAGUUUUUGAAGAUUUUCAAGAAUACUGCAAUUCAAAUGAAUGGCAAGUUUACAUUGAAAAAUACAUUGUACCUUACAUGAAGCAGUAUGAAGCACACACAUUUUAUGAUGGUCAUGAGAACAUGGCACUUUACUGGAAGAAUUGUUAUGAAGCCUUAAUGGUGAAUAUGCAUAAAAGAGACCGAGAAGGAGGAGAAAGCAAGCUGAAAUUUCAGGAGUAUUUUGUGGAACCAUUUAAUCGAAAAGCUCGGCAAGAGAACCUGAGGUACAAUAAUAUGAUAAAACAACUUACCAGUCAGCAGCUGGCGGCUUCUAGACACUGGAAGGCAAUACGGCUCUAUCUUACAUGCGAAAGGGGGCCUUGGGCUGAAAAGAAACAGAAUCGAAUUCAUUGGAAACUAGCUAAUGUGGAAAAUUAUUCACGCAUGAGACUUAAACUGGUACCAAAUUAUAAUUUCAAAACCCAUGAGGAAGCUAGUGCCUUAAGAGAUAACUUAGGUGUUCAGCACCUACAGCCUUCCAGUGAUGCACUGCUUCUGGAGGUAGUGAAACAAGUUAGACUCAGUGAUGUGGAAGAAGACAGACUAGAGCUUCUAGAGGAGGACACUGCGGCCAGUGCUCUGACUGAUGAAAAGGAAGAACAGGAUCAAAAGGAAAAACUGGUGUUGACUGAAGACUGUGAACUCAUUACUGUAAUUGACAUAAUUCCCGGCAGAUUAGAAGUCACUACUCAACACAUUUACUUCCAUGAUAACAGUAUUGAAAAAGAAGAUGGACAGGGUUUUGAUUUCAAGUGGCCUCAUUCUCAAAUUCGAGAGAUUCACUUGCGUCGUUACAACUUAAGGAGAUCGGCACUUGAGAUUUUUCAUGUUGAUCAGUCCAACUACUUUCUCAACUUCAAAAAAGAGGUUAGAAACAAAGUAUAUAGCAGACUGUUGUCACUUCAUUCUCCUAAUAGUUAUGGAACAAGAUCACCACAGGAAUUAUUCAAAGCAUCAGGGUUGACACAGAAAUGGGUGAACAGAGAGAUAACAAACUUUGACUACCUCAUUCAAAUAAAUACAAUGGCGGGACGGACCUAUAAUGACCUUGCACAGUACCCUGUGUUUCCCUGGAUUUUGCAAGAUUAUACUUCAGAAGAGUUGGACCUAAAUAACCCCACUGUAUUUCGAGAUCUUUCUAAACCAAUUGGAGUAGUUAAUGAAAAAAAUGCCAAAGCUAUGCGUGAGAAGUACGAGAAUUUUGAAGACCCGAUGGGAACGAUUGAUAAGUUUCAUUAUGGUACUCACUAUUCCAAUUCUGCAGGCGUCAUGCACUAUCUCAUCCGCGUGGAGCCAUUCACCACCCUCCACAUCCAGCUUCAGAGCGGACGGUUUGACUGUGCAGACCGGCAGUUCCAUUCCAUCCCUGCUACGUGGCAAGCACUUAUGGAGAAUACAUAUGAUGUAAAAGAACUUAUUCCUGAGUUCUUCUAUUUCCCAGAGUUUCUAGAAAAUCAAAAUGAAUUUAAUUUGGGACAAUUACAAGUUUCUAAAGAACUGGUAAACGAUGUUAUUCUUCCAAGAUGGGCUAAGUCAGCUGAAGAUUUCAUUUAUAAACACAGAAAAGCUCUGGAGUCUGAAUAUGUUUCUGCUCAUCUUCAUGAAUGGAUAGAUCUGAUUUUUGGUUACAAACAGAGAGGGCCAGCUGCAGUGGAGGCACUCAAUGUCUUCUACUACUGUAGUUAUGAAGGUGCUGUGGAUCUUGAUGCCUUAACAGAUGAAAAGGAAAGAAAAGCCUUAGAAGGGAUGAUUAAUAAUUUUGGGCAAACACCUUGUCAGCUGUUAAAGGAACCACACCCUCCAAGACUAUCAGCAGAAGAAGCCAUUCAAAAGCAGACCAAAACAGAAAUUUCAACCCUAAACCUCUUUCAACACCUCCCUGAACUGAAGUCAUUUUUUAUAGAGGGAAUUAGUGAUGGUAUUCCACUAUUAAAGGCCAUCAUCCCUAGAAAUCAAUCUCGUUCUUUUAUGUCUCAAGGCAGCCCUGAGUUACUGAUAACAGUAAGCAUGAAUUAUGUUAUUGGAACCCAUGGAUGGCUACCAUAUGACCGAAAUAUUUCUAACUACUUCACAUUCAUCAAAGAUCAAACUGUGACAAACCCAAAAGCUCAGCGUGCCUUGAGUGGUCCUUUUGCCCCAGGACUGGAGAUCACUUCCAAACUGUUUGCAGUGUCACACGAUGCAAAGUUGCUCUUCAGUGCUGGGCACUGGGAUAACAGUAUCCAAGUAAUGUCACUUACCAAAGGCAAACUUGUCUCUCAUAACAUCAGGCAUAUAGAUAUUGUGACUUGCUUAGCUACAGAUUACUGUGGAAUACACUUGAUUUCUGGUUCCAGGGACACUACAUGCAUGAUAUGGCAAAUAACACAACAGGGAGGCACUCCUGUGGGCUUAGCACCUAAACCUUUUCAAAUCCUCUAUGGACACACUGAUGAGAUACUGAGUGUGGGUAUCAGCACUGAACUCGACAUGGCAGUAUCAGGGUCAAGGGAUGGCAGUGUGAUUAUACAUACCAUUCAGAAAGGGCAGUACUUGAGAACCUUACGACCACCUUGUGAGAGUUCCCUGUUCUUGACCAUUCCCAGUUUGGCCAUAUCCUGGGAAGGACACAUUGUCGUCUAUUCCAGCUUGGAAGAAAAGUCCACCCUCAAGGAUAAGAACCUGUUACAUGUGUUUUCUAUAAAUGGAAAAUAUCUUGGGUCUCAAGUCCUGAGUGAACAAAUAUCAGACAUGUGCAUAGUUGGAGAACACAUUAUCACUGGCAGCUUACAAGGGCUACUGUCUGUAAGAGAGCUCCACAGCCUGAAGCUCAGCAUCGCUCCAUUAGCCAUGCGAUUACCUAUCCACUGUGUUUCCAUAACCAAAGAACACAGCCACAUUCUCGUUGGCUUAGAAGAUGGCAAGUUGAUUGUAGUGGGUGUCGGCAAACCAGCCGAGAUGCGAUCGGGCCAGCUUUCUCGAAAAUUGUGGGGCUCUAGCAAGCGGCUCAGCCAGAUUUCAGCUGGAGAAACGGAAUAUAAUACUCAAGAUUUCAAGUGAUUGUUCCUUCCACCUUCUGUGAUGGAGAACUCAGCUUCACUUACUGUUUUGUCACUUUAGCUGCAUCUCUCCACUCUGAAAGUCUUUAAUGGUUUUAUCUGAAAAAUGGAUUACCACGGUUGAUAUUGGAGGACGUGCCUGUAACACAGAAUGCUUAAGAGGCUGAGGCAGGUGGAUCUUAAGUUCAAGGCCAGCCUGUGCUACAUAGCAAGGCCUUAUCUCAUAGAAGGUUGUUGUCUUAAGUCCAUUUUUAAAGUUUUGUCAACAUGAGUCUAGUUUUAUUAAACAGUACUAAAAUUCAAUUGAGAAAAUACAUUUGAUUUGAUUUAAUAAUUUGAUUAAAUAAUUCCUAAGUUAUUAAAUCCAUUUAAAGAACAGACUUGUAAUAUUUUACUUUUAGGUUGAAUUCCUGUAAUCUAAGUAGCAAAAUUCAAGAUAUUUCUAAUAAAGUAGUUGUAUAGAUAAUAGAGAGUUGAGAGAUGUGGCUUUUUUUUUUUUUUUUUUUUUUUUUUGGUUCUUUUUUUUCCGGAGCUGGGGACCGAACCCAGGGCCUUGCGCUUCCUAGGUAAGCGCUCUACCACUGAGCUAAAUCCCCAGCCCCGAGAUGUGGCUUUUCAUGUGUUCUUUAGAUAAUCAUUUUUGUGUUUACUGACCAUUACAUUAAAAACAUCAGUUUACUCAUGAAGCUCCUGGUUAAGGAAAUAAACCUUUAGACAUUUGUUUACCAUUGAAUUUUCAGAAGUUUCAAUUCUGCACAAUUAGAUUAAAUAUAAACAUUGGAAUAGUACAGUGGUUCAUUUCCCUACCCCUAAUACUUAAUAUAUUACAAAUAAAAUGUAUUGAAUUGCCACAAAAGUUGAAUAGGAAAAAGAAAAACUAGAGAUAACUUUUACAAAUGUACUUCAUUAAUAGUAUACUUAAGCAAAAAAAAAAAAAAUGCUAAUUGUAGCUUUGGCCAGCCUGUCCUGUGAGUAGCAUUUGCAGCACAAUUUACAUCUAUGAAAUCAAAUUUUUGUGCGUUUGUCUUUGUUAAACAAACACUGUAUGUACUCUCUUUGUAUUUAAGUAUUUUUACCCUGAUGAUUAUGAGUUAAAAGUAAUGCCCUAAAAAGGUCAUAGUUGAUAGAAAUAAUAUGGCAUAAUUUAAAGUCAUUUAGAUAAGGUAGUAUUGUGCAAAAUCCUUUUUCUUGCUUUUAUUUAUAUGUGUGUGUAUGUAUGUACACACAUACACAUAUACACACACAACUUACACAAUUGUUAGGAUGAUAGCUAAUUUUACUAUAGUUUAUUAAAUAUUAUAUUUAAAUUUUUAAGUAAAAAGCUGAUUGAUUAAUUUGGAAUUCAAAAUGAUUUUGUUUUUGUAAAAUUGACUUUGAGUUAGAUUAGAGAAGUUUUACAACUAGCAAUAUUGAUAAUUAGAUUCCACAGGCUUUGGGAAAAUCUGUCAAUCUCUGAAGUUGUAUAGAAAUUUAUAGUUGACUUUAUUUUCAGAAAAGAACUAUUACAUGGCUUUCUUAAUGAUCUAUGGGCAACAAAAAAUGACUUUACUAUAGUAGCCUUUAAAAAUUAUACUUUUUUUAAAAAUUCUGGUAGCCAUAGAUUUCCUUAUACCUAGUGUCUUUUCAGUUGAAUCUUAAAAAACUUUUGAUUUUCCAUUUUCUCUCUCAAGUUGACCACAAUAUCUAGUGGCCUUUUCUCCAUAAUUCAAAAAAAAGUGUUUUUAAAAAUUUAGAAAUAAAAAAUUAUGUUUAGGGAAAUUUUCCAAUAUUUUGUUAUGUUGUGAGUCAGAAUUAGUAGAACACUGCAAAAAUCACUGUCUACUUAGUUCAGUUAUCUGAUGUAGGAGGAAAUAGCUGUGUUUUAGAUAUAUCACAUUACAAUCAGCUGGCACAAAAAAAAAGAAUUUGUGUAAAUGUAAAGACUUCCCUUUUGAGAAGGAAGUAUCCCAAGCCAGUAGAGAUGGUUAUGCUAUAUGAAGCAUGGCUUCUGUUCCUUUCCCUCCCCACCCUUCAGGCACUACAACCAAGAUGCAGUCAGUCAAGGCUCUGUCCACCCUGAAAUUGUUACGGAGAGUUCAAGUCAGAACCAACAUGAGUGCUUUUUCUUAAUUUGAAAAUUAGUGAUUUAGGAAUAGGGGUAUCAUUCUACAGUAGAAUACUUGUCUUUAUUGUCUAGAUUCUAGGUUUGCUCCCUCACAUGGGUGAGAGAGAUGAGUAGAGGGAAGAGAGACAAGAAAACCCAAGAGGCAGACACUAACUGACUGACUCUAAAUCAAGACUUGAUAAGGUCUUCUUUUGGCAAUUUAUGCAUGCUUUCCUCGUUUUGAAGUCACUUAAUAUUGGAUUUAUGGAUUUUUUUUACUUAAGAAUUGUAAAACCUUUGAUAAUCUAAGAAAAAAAAAACCCUAAUUAUAUGGUGUUUGACUGCUGCCUUUUGGUGGGAUUUCUUUAUACCAUGAAUACGAAGCUUUGCUCAGUUUCAUAGAGAUCUGACCCAAACUAACACUAGAUGUUAAAUGGAAAAUCAUGCCUGAUAAUUGGGGGUUUUUCUAAAAAAUAUAAACCAUAAAUGUGGUAUGAAAAUACUAGGAAUAUUCUUGAAGAAAAAACCUUUGUAUUAAAACAAGCAAAUACAAUGGAACUAUUAUCUGAGUGAUAUACUCCUCAUAUAUAAACUGUAGAUCAUAACAGUAAAAAUCACUAGAUAAUAUCACUGGGAAGGUGUACUUUGACAGAUCAGAAUGUAGAUGUUAUCCUUAGGAAUUUCCGUAAGGUAUAGUGGAAGAAAUUAUUAGCAUACAGAUUGAUAACUGAAUAUUUUGGUUAAUGAGUAUAAAUUCUCAGCUUGGUUGCUUUGAGUGUCAGUUCAUCUUUUCAGAACUUUUCUUCUGCUUUUGUUUCUUGAGAGAGGAAUCAUGAAUAUAAAACUCUCAGUAUCUUGUAAUGAGAGCUUUAUUCUCAGACAGUGACCUGACUUUUGGAAAGGGAGGUCAGUAGAAAUUGGUGGUGGUUGUGUGUGCCUGUGUGUGUGUGCGUGUGUGUGUGUGUGCGUGUGUGUGUGUAUGUGUUUGUGUGUGUACAUUUAUAUAACUGCUGAAUAUACUUAGAGAGCAGAGCCAUGAGUAUUAUGUCAUUGCUUAAGUAAAAUUGAAGAAGAAAAGGAAGAACGAACAGAGCAUGAAGGUCAGGGAACUGCAAAUACAGAGUGGCAGUAAGUCUUUGCUAGCCAGUGUCACCUGUGAAAAAGUUUCUAUUGGUUCCCUUUAAGUCACAGUGCAUUUCUUUGUAGGAGAAAAACAUUUGCAGAGUUGUAAGCCUGCUUUUUCUUUUUUCCUUGUAGAUAUAUCAGAUUAUUUUUUCAAAGAACAGAUACUGACAUGCAUGCUACUGGAGGAAUAAAUAUGCCUACAGAAUUAGAAUUUAGACUUGAGGAUUUGAGAAUGGUCUCUUAAUCUUAGCCUCUUUGUAUUUGUUUUGAAAUAGGUUAAAAAAAUUAGGCUGAGUACCUGUUUUGUUUGGUGAUGAUAGAGGCAAGGCAUGUGCCUGGAAAUAUAACAUUUUUACAAAAGAUACAUCUAAGGAAAGGUUUUAAUUGAAUAUUGAGAGGUUAGUUUCUUUAAAAUAUUUCUAUUUAUAAAGUCAGUAGCCUCAUCUUUGCCUCCUUUUCAGUAGAAGCAUGUGAGUACUUGGACUGUAUGAAUCUAACAAGGGAUUACAUGCAUAGUAUCUGGGGGUAUGAAGGCGUUAGUCCUCUCACUUCCUACAUUGCAUACCUGUCUUCCUAACCACAUCUUUUAUGAACAAAAUGAAAUGUAUGGUUUGUACCUGCAACAGCUGCUGUUUUUAUUUUGCAUCCAGAUCCAUGCUCUGAUGUUAGUGUUCUGUCUCUAAUAGAAACUCUUCUGAGAACUCUUAAGCAUCUCUACCAUUGGCAAGCAAAUACUCAUUCUCAGUAAUUUUUCCUAAUCUUUCUCUGUGUGUGUGUGUGUGUGUGUGUGUGUGUGUUGCAUUUCAUUUGUUUCAAAUGCCCAUAUAUAAACAUUGUUUUGCAGAAUUCUUUCAUAGUGCUUUUCCGGGGCUGGGGAUUUAGCUCAGUGGUAGAGCGCUUACCUAGGAAGCGCAAAGCCCUGGGUUCGGUCCCCAGCUCAAAAAAAAAAAAAAAAAAAAAAAACUCUACAAUCAUAGUGCUUUUCCUGAUUGCAUUAGGCAACAACACUAUAUUAUCAGUCUUUAAUAUUAUUUACAGCGUAAGCCAUACUUACUAAAUUCAUAUGUAGUAUUUUCUGUGCCAGUGGUUAUACCAACCUGUCAGUGCCUUUAUUAAUUUGUUUCAUGUGGACAGAACCACUGUAUUUCCUUUUCAUUAUUGAAAAGUUCACUUACGAAUUCUCUUUAGACUUCUUACAUUUGAAAAUCAUAGUUAACAUUUACCUUCAACAAAAUUAUAUUUCUUUGCUAGAUUUGAUACAUAUACUUCCUAGUACCUAUCAGUCAAUAUUUUCCACACUUAAAAAGUGUAAAUUUUUUCUAGUAUUAGGGAUUGGAUUCAGGGCCUUAUGUAUUGGGUUAGACAAGGGAAAAAAAAGCAUUAGUAAACAGUGUUAAAAGAAGAACAGAAUUGAGUAUCUUGUAGCAUUGAACUUAAAAUGAAUAGAGUUUUUCCACUAGAAAAGCAUUCUCCUAAGUACUUCUGAUGAUGUCUGCAGGUAUGACAGAAUAUUGUAUGGAGUAGUAUUUGAGUUUUCAUAGGUUUUAGGGCUUAGAGCUAAUAGAGCAUUAACAAUUUAGAGAUCUAAGGUUGUGCUAGCAAUAUAUGUUAGUGAUGGUACACUUGCACGUAAAGCUCUGGGCUAGGAUUUGGAGUAUCAUUUUUCCCGCAACACUGGGGACAGAGUAGGCCUCAUACACAGUAAGUAGGAGGGGCUCUACCACUGAGCCUUACAUCCUCAGUUUGUAGAGUUGUUCUCAAUUUGAGAUCCAGGUUAUCUGCAGAGGCUAAUAAAUAUACUAUGCUAGGUACUACUUGGGAUUUUCAGUGAUUUAAUCAGUCCUAGCUCUCAAAAAUUAUAAAUAUAUUAUGUACAUAUAAUGGUAUAAACAAAUGUGCUGAAAUUGCAGGUGGUUCUAUUUUUAUUUGUUGAAAAUCAUGUAGCCAUCCUAAUACAGGAUUUAUAUCUCUCCUCUGCCUUUUGGCUACCAUGAAGUACAGAAUAUAAAAAUUAUGUGGUUUUCUUUAUUAUAAAAACCUUAUAUAAAAUGACUAUAUUAUCAACUUCAGUUUUUUUUUGGCAGCCAUGGUUAUUCAUCAGGCACAUUUUCUUAGACCACUGUCUUUACUGACACCACACAAGAGUGGUUGCUAAACACAUUGCAAGAUUGGCCAUAUAAAAGUAAUUCUUUUCAUGUCAAAUAAAAAAUACAAAUGCAGUGGUAUAUAUCUUCCCCUAAAGCAGAAAGCAAAGUGAAUGUCACUGAUUCGGCAUUCUUUUUUCUUUUUUUUCUUUUUCUUUUUUCUUUUUUUUUUUUUUUUUUUUUGGUUCUUUUUUUCGGAGUUGAGGACCGAACCCAGGGCCUUGCGCUUCCUAGGCAAGCGCUCUACCACUGAGCUAAAUCCCCAGCUCCAGCAUUCUUUUUUCUAUGAUGGAGUUUCCAUGUUCCUUGAAAAUGUAUAUCUUACAUAUAUUAGCAUAAUGCCAAAUUUCAUCAUUUGUAAAUUAUGCGGUACAUGCAUAGGGUUCCAAGAGCUUGGGGGACUGAGAUGAACCCGGAAGCGCAGGACCAUCUGACAGUGUAGUAAGGUCUCCAUCUCAAAAACAAGUUAUAAAUAAUGUUUCAGCAAAGAACUGCUGCCGCCCUGUUUGCUCUUAUAAAGGCUUUAUGGUCAUUUACCUGCCUGCCUAACUGUUUCUGAACGGUUACAGUCUCACUGCUGUAUAGUGCUCUUGUGAAGGUCGCACUGUAAGGUAGUUACAUUGACAGUAAGAGUAGUUAGGGUUUAGAUGAUUCUGAGAAGGUUUACUGGUAAAAUGCAAACUAUUUUUUAAAAGAAUUCUUAUUCCAGUUAAGAUUUUAUUUAAGUAAUAUAUUUCUAUUUACCUUAUAUUAAAAUGACAUACUCUCUGAUAGGGUAGUAAGGUUGAGAAUUAGGCUUUAAUGUUGUUUAGUUUAGUUUUUGAGCUAGAGUCUCACUAUGUAGCCUUGGCUGGCCUGUAACUACCUAUGUGGACUGGACUGCCUUGAACUCAGAGAUCAUCUGCCUCUGUCUCCCAAGGACUAAGCUUUUAAGAGUAUAUAUAAUUAUAUUGCUUUUUAUAAGUAAUUCUGGCAUGGAGAUAUCAGUAGUUAAAAUUUAAUUGAAAACAGUUUAAAUUCUUAUCAUAUUGGAUCUAAAGAAACAUUUUGGGGAAGUUUGAAUGCUUUGUUAGAUAAUCCCUAGCUACUCACUUGGUUUCUGUACUCCUCCCAAAAUUAUGUGGUAACGUGGCACUUACUGCUGACAGCCUUCUGUAUUUUAGACAGUUCUUUUUUCUAUUCUGCCUUUUACUUUGAAAACUGUGCUCAGAGACAUCACAAAUGUUUUUAUGUAGCUGCUGCUACUUAUGGUCCAUUUCACAGAAGAAACCUUGUAAGGAAGCCAUGUAGCUUUCUGCUAAAUUCUUUUACAGGCUAAACUUCUCUUUCCCAUUGGUUUGGUUUGUAUAGUUGGAGGGGAAAAAAGCAAAAAUAAUCAGAUUUCUGGUUUUUCUAUCAAAUUCAUUACUAAACUUAAGACAAAAUUAACAAAUACUUGAUUAAUUUGACAUUUUUUCUGGGAGUCAGAAGCACUUCAGUUUUAACAGGGUGACAGUUUCUUCAAUCCAUGAAUAUACACCGACUCAGAAGGAUUAGCUGAAAAUUCAAAAUGACUUGUUUAAUAACAAAAGGUAUUUAGCAGCUAAGUAUGAUGGCAGACCUGUAAUCCCAACACUCACAGGCUACGGCAGGAGGAUUGCCUCAAGUCUGUAGGCUACCCUGGGCUAGAGAAUGAAGUCUAUUUAUAUCUGCCUGCCUACCUGCCUGUCUGUCUUUCUCUGUAUAUGUCUGUCUGUCUAUGUGUGUGCCUCUGUCUCUCACCCCUUCAACAACUUAGAAAUUGUGCUGCUAGUUGGUAUUUAAGGAGUCGUGUAUUUACCUUAAAAUGUUCCUUUUUAUUUGUUCCACUGGAAUUGAUUGCAAAAAGAAUAGUAAUAAGCCUUUUUUAUGUUGAAUUAUUGACUGUGCAAACUGUGAUUCAUUGAGUAUUUAUAUACAAAAAGGGGGGUUUCAAAGUUAAACAAGUUUUAGACUUUAUAAGGAUGUAAAUAACCUUAAUUAUAGCAUUCUGAUAACAAAAUUACUGUUUGGUGCAAUUCAUUCUUUCUGCUCUCAUCCUUCUGAACUUAAGUACACAAGAUGUAUUUUGUUUUGUCACAUAAAUAUUUUUAAGAACUUCACUGAAUGUAUAUGAGUUAAUGUUUGAUUUGUUUCUGUAUAGUAUGAUCAAAAAUAGUUGAAAAUUUUGCACUUUGUUAGUCUCUUAAAUUUAUACUGUAAUAUUUUUAAAGAGUGUACAUUUAUUUUGUCCAUAAUAAAUUAGCUUUGUACAUGA